GAGAAAACCCACGCAUGCAUGGGGAGAACACGCAACUCCACGCAGAAAGGCCGCAGCCGAGUUUCAAACCUGCGACCUUCGUGUUGCGAGGCAACAGUGCUAACCACUACGCCACCAUGCAUAUGCGACGUGCUGAUGUCUUGUUUGUAGUUGUGCUAAUUACGAACUGUACAAGCUAAUAAAUCUCAAAGUAUGUGACUGGCGUGGUCGAAACACACAUCAUUAGAUUUCAUUUAAAUUGCAGUACAACAUAUGUGCGAUCCAGGGCGUAAGGUAAAGUGGAUUAGAAAAUAAGGUUUUUAGCCCCAUUGACUUGCAUUCAUUUUUUCAUUCUUCCGGGGACCCAUGAGCCAACCGGAAAGGGAGGAAACUUAGUCUCCCUACUGUGAAAAAUGAUGGACUCGGCAAGUCAAGCAGCUUCUGAGUCCAGAAGAUGUUGUUAUCCUUCUCAGAAGAGGAACGACCAAUACAAAACUAUAAUACUAGAGUGAGUUCAGGUUGAGUCUACAACAGAUGGACCCAAAAAGAAAAAAAACAUUUCACAUAUCUGCAGAGAACCUGGACAGCUGGAAACCUUGUUCUAUUGUUGCAACUACAACCUCCAUGCCCUAGAUGGCGCUAUGGUGUUUGUGUUUGUUUCACCACCUUUACGUAAUGUUAAUAAAACGGCCCUUAUUGUAAAUUGUUACCAAAUUCUUACUGUGCUGCCCACAUUGGAUGCCAAUUGAUGCCAUCUCUAUAUAAAGAUGUAUUUUCUGAACUGUUACAUAAAAAGUACCACAAGUUUUAAAUUUUAUUAUCUGCAAACAUGUUCAGUCCUAAUCUCAAGUAAUUAAUUUGUAUAAUGAAUCGAGUGAUUGGUGUCCUCUCUGCAGAACAUGCUGAAUUAAGAAAGGACUGUUAGUUUACUGAAAAUAACAGAUUAAAAUCAACCCAAAGCAUGAGAUAAAAUGGAUUAAAUGACAGAAAGCUGUAAGGCAAGUAAAGUCAAUUUUAUUCUGGCAAAUAUUUGUGUGAGGGAGUAACAAUCAGGAGAUAAGAGAGGAAAAGAGCACAGGAAAUGUUGAGAUUUCCUUUGGAUGUGAGGUGUGUGUACAUGCUUGCUCCCAACAAGGGUGUCGGAGAAUUAGAAAACUAGAGAAACCAGCGUGGUCAACACAAAUUUCUACCGAGGAAAGCUGGAUUUUAUCCUAUUAACUCAUAUACAGAGGAGACAAACUGGAGGAACAUUUUGUGGACAAACAGCUUGACCUUUUUUGAUCUCUGUAUGACUUUUGGGAAAACCUUUAAAGACCCUGUUUCUUUCUGUUUGCUGCCACCAAGCCUCCUCUUGUUUAUCUGGUGAUGUGACGCAUUGUUCCGUCACCCAUCGUUCAGUCACUUGUCGUUUAUUCUGAUUUGAUAGAACCUCACAGACUUCUCAGUUUUUGCCAUGUUACGCUGCGUUCUUCAGCGGGCCAACAACUUGAGACGUUCGGACCCUUUGGCUAGUGUCACGUUCAGAGGGUCCAAGAAGAAGACAAAGGUUAUUAAAAACAACCCCAACCCUGUUUGGAAUGAGGGAUUUGAGUGGGAUCUGAAGGGGAUUCCUCUGGACUCUGGAGCAGAGAUCCAUUGUGUCGUCAAAGACCAUGAGAAGAUGGGACGGAACAGGUUUCUGGGGGAAUGCCGGCUGGCUCUCAGAGACGUCCUCAACUCCCCCAACUUUGCCGCCACCUUCACCGUCUCUCUGCUGGACAUGAAGAGAAACAACAUAGGGGCCACGCUGACCCUGCAGGUCUCCUACAUCCCUCCUCCAGGAUCGGCUCCGAUCUUCCAGCCCCCCUCCCAGCCAGAGACUCUACCCCAUAUCAACCCCGGUGUGGAACUGGAUACAGUUACAAUGAUUUCUCUUGACACUUUUGGCGAGGAGGACACGGAGAGUAUGAUCAUGGUGGAGCCCCCAGAGGACCAGGGACCUGAGGACAGUCGGUCCAUGGUGAUCAUCGGCCCCCAGGGGCCAACAGGACAAGAAUCCCCCACCAGCCACACCCCCAAACGCUCACCACCGGCCUACAACACCCAUGGAGGUCUGAAGAAGAAACGGAGAGGAUCAAGCAGUCAGCCCAGACAGCUGUCCAACAAACCACAGGACAUACAGGUUCGUGUUCGGGUUAUCGAGGCACGGCAGUUACCUGGCAUCAACAUCAAGCCUGUCGUCAAGGUAACCGUAUCCGGACAAUCCAAAAGGACCCGCAUCGUGAAAGGCAACAACCCUGUGUUUGAUGAGACAUUCUUCAUGAACUUUUUCGAGACACCCUCAGACCUGUUUGAUGAGCCGAUCUUCAUCACUGUUUGCGACUCUCGCUCACUCAGAACCGACGCCGUCAUCGGUGAAUUCAAGCUGGAUGUGGGCACUGUGUACAAUGAGCACAGACACUGCUUCUUGAGGAAAUGGCUGUUGCUGUGUGACCCUGAUGACCUCUCUGCUGGGGUCAAAGGUUACCUGAAGGUCAGCUUGUUUGUCCUGGCAGCUGGAGAUGAGCCCCCGGCUGAUAAACGUGAGUGUGUUGAGGAGAAGGAAGACAUCGAAGGAAACCUCCUGAGACCUGCUGGUCUUUCUCUCAGAGGAGCCGUCUUUACCCUGAGGAUCUUCAGAGCAGAAGAUUUGCCUCAAAUGGAUGACGCCUUCAUGGAUGGAAUGAGGCAGAUUCUUGGAUUUGAUUCAAACAGGAAGAACUUGGUUGAUCCGAUGGUCGAGAUCCAAUUUGCCGGUAAAACUGUCUGCACUAAAAUCCUGGAGAAGAAUGCAAAUCCACAGUGGAACCAGAACCUGGCCAUGCCUAUUAGAUUUCCCUCCAUGUGUGAGAAGAUGAGGAUCCGAAUUCUGGACUGGGACAGAGCCAGUCACAAUGAUGUCAUCGGUACCACCCACCUCUGCAUGUCUAAGAUCUCCGCCCCGGGUGGAGAAAUAGACGAUGACUUGACUCCUCGGACCGUCCACUCCGGCAUUGAUGAUAGUCUUGGUUUCCUGCCAACUUUUGGUCCGUGUUUUGUCAACUUGUACGGUAGCCCCAGAGAGUUCUCCACAUUUAAUGACCCCCAUGAGGCUUUAAAUCUCGGAAAGGGGGAGGGUGUGGCAUACCGAGGGAGACUUUUACUCGAACUGAGCACUAAGCUAGUGGACAAGCCAGAGCACAAAGCUGAAGACAUACCAUCAGAUGAUCUGUUGGUGUUGGAGAAGUUUCUCAGGAAGAGGAAGUUUUCUCUUUUUGUGGCGUUUUACUCAGCCACGCUCCUACAGGACGUUGACGAUGCUAUUCAGUUUGAAGUCAGCAUCGGUAACUAUGGCAACAAGUUUGACUACACCUGCCUCCCUCUGGCCUCAACCACCCAGUUCAGCAGGGCUGUGUUUGAUGGCUGUCACUACUACUACCUGCCGUGGGGAAAUGUUAAGCCGGUGGUGGUUCUGUCUUCAGAAUGGGAAGACAUCCGACCAAGGAUCGAGGCUUUCAACAUGCUGCUGGCUAUCAUAGACAGACUGGAGGAGAACCUGAAGCGGGUUCAGCUGGAGGUGAAAACAGGCAGCAAUCUGGAGGAGGUAGAGCAGCGAGUGAUCGAGCUGUUGGAUCAGCUCAUCACAGACUGCAGCGAGGAGCUACCCUCCUUUGAGCAGUGGCAGUGUGUCACCCCUCUGGAUCGCUCGCUGAAGCACAUUCGGACCCUCCAUCUGCAGCAGAUCGUAGCAGGGGCUCUGGCACUGAAGCAUGGACCUGAAACUGAGCUCUCCACGGUGCUGGAGCAGGCUGAGGACUGGGCCAACAGGCUGAAGAGCAUGGCUGAGGAACCCCAGAACAGUCUCCCCGACAUUGUGAUCUGGAUGCUGCAGGGCGACCGCAGGGUGGCGUAUCACCGCAUCCCAGCGCACACUGUUCUUUUCUCCCAGCAGCAUUGUGGCAAACACUGUGGGCAGCUGCAGAACAUUUUCCUCAAGUACCCCCAGGGCAGCGGCGGAGAAGCCAAACUUCCGGGCCAGCUGAGGGUCAAAGUCUGGUUCGGAUUGUCUGUUGAUGUCAAACACUUCAACGAGUAUGCUGAAGGAAAACUGUCCGUCUUUGCUGAGACGUAUGAGAACCAGACCCGACUGGCUCUGGUGGGAAGCUGGGGAACAACAGGUUUAACUUACCCAAAGUUCAGCGACGUUACCGGGCGGGUGAAGCUGCCCAAAGAGAGCUUCAAGCCCUCACCUGGAUGGACCUGGGCUGGAGACUGGUUCAUCAGCCCUGAGAGGACACUGCUCUUUGACGUGGACGCUGGUCACAUGACCUUUACAGAGGAGGUGUUUGAGAACCAGAUGAGGUUACCGGGUGGACAGUGGAUCGGCAUGCCAGAGGGGUACACAGAUGUGAAUGGGGAGAAAGCAGUGCCAAAAGAUGAAGUCGAGUGUCCUCCUGGUUGGGUGUGGGAUGAGGUGGAAUGGAGUGAAGACCUCAACAGAGCUGUGGACGACCAAGGUUGGGAGUAUGGCAUCACCAUUCCUCCAGACCGCCGCCCCAAAUCCUGGGUUCCAGCAGAGAAGAUGUAUCACACCAACCGGAGACGCCGAUGGAUACGGAUGAGGCGACGAGACCAGCAGAAGAUGGAGGCUCUUAGGAAGCAGCGUCCAGAUGAGACAGAGAGGGAAGGCUGGGAAUACGCCUCACUGUUUGGCUGGAACUUCCACCUGAAACCCCGGAAGACGGACAGCUUCCGGAGGCGCAGGUGGAGGUGCCGCAUGGAGCCGCUGGAGAAGACAGGACCUGCCGCCAUAUUUGCUCUGGAGUGUUCCUUGAGCAGCAUAGAGGACAAGCACGAUGACAAGUCAGUCACUACCACUUUUGGAGUGAACAGACCAACUAUUUCCUGUUUCUUUGAUCGUGGCACCCGUUACCACCUGCGCUGCUACAUGUACCAGGCCAGAGACCUGCUGGCCAUGGACAAAGACAGCUUCUCAGAUCCGUACGCCAUUGUGUCGUUCCUCCACCAGUCCCAGAGGACGGUGACCGUCCGGAACACCCUCAACCCAACCUGGGACCAGACGCUCAUCUUCUAUGAGGUGGAGAUCUUUGGGGACCCUGAGGAAACGGCAGCCAAUCCUCCCAAUAUAGUGGUGGAGUUCUACGACGAAGACACAUACGGAGCGGAUGAGUUCAUGGGUCGCUGUGUGUGCCAGCCCUCCCAUGGUCCAUCACCCCGCCUGGCCUGGUUCCCGAUCUGCAGAGGAGACCGCAGCGCCGGCGAACUGCUGGCUGCCUUUGAACUCAUACGUAGGGAAAAGCCAGCGGUUCACCACCUUCCAGGGCUGGAGGGAGACGUGAGUUCAACACAUGUCCUGGACGAGCUGAUGUUUCCAGGAUUCCUCUCUGAAAACCUGCAGCAGCAACAAUGGCCGGAGGAGUCGGACCUUCCUUACCCACCCCCUCAGAGAGAACCCAACGUCUACAUGGUUCCUCAGGGAAUCAAACCUGUUCUCCAGAGAACCGCCAUUGAGAUCUUAGCGUGGGGCGUCAGGAACCUGAAGAGCUUUCAGAUGGCGAGUGUUACGUCUCCGAGCCUGCAGGUGGAGUGUGGAGGCUCCAUGGUCCAGAGCUGUGUGAUCCGCAGCGUGAAGAAGAAACCCAACUUUGAUGUGAACACUCUGAUCCUUGAUGUGAGGCUCCCCCGCGAGGAGCUCUACAUGCCGCCGAUUGUCAUCAAAGUCAUUGACAACCGCCAGUUUGGGAGGAAGCCGGUGGUUGGUCAGUGCACCAUCCGUUCGCUGGAGGAGUACCGCAGCACUCGCGAGGAGGAGGAGCAUGCUCAGGAGGAAGAGGAGGUGGAGGAGGAGAAUGGAUGGAGACGUGAGACGCCCCAGGGAACUUCUGGAGAGGUCUUUAUUGACAUCGAUGACGAGGAGCCGCUUGUCCAAGAUCAGGAAGAAGAAUCCUUAGACUGGUGGAGUAAGUUUUAUGCAUCCAUCGGCGAUAAGAGCAAGUAUGGGACUUACAUGGAGAGAGGCUUCGACACCCUAAAGGUGUAUGAUCAGGAGCUGGAGAAGGUUGAGGAUUUUCAAGGUCUCUCUGAUUUCUGCCAAACAUUCAAACUGUACAGGGGAAAGAGUCAGGAUGAAGGAGAUGAUCCGUCGGUGGUCGGAGAGUUCAAGGGUAUGUUUAAGGUCUACCCCCUGCCCGAUGACCCCUCAGCGCCUGCUCCACCCAGACAGUUCAGGAAACUUCCUCCCAAUGGCACAGAGGAGUGUUUGAUCCGAGUCUACGUCAUCCAAGCUCAAGGGCUGCAGCCCAAAGACGCCAACGGCAAAUGUGACCCCUAUGUUAAGAUCACUUUGGGUAAAAAGACCAUCAGUGACCAUGAAAACUACGUCCCCUGCACGCUGGACCCUGUCUUUGGAAAGAUGUUUGAGCUCACCUGCUCCCUCCCUUUGGAGAAGGACCUGCGGGUGAUGCUGUACGACCACGACAUGAUCACCAAAGACGAGAAGAUCGGAGAGACCACCAUUGACCUGGAGAACCGCUUCCUGUCCAAAUAUGGAGCCCUGUGCGGCCUCCCACGGUCCUACUGUGUGUCUGGGGUAAACCAGUGGCGAGACCAGCUGACCCCCAGGCAGCUGCUGUGCAGACUGUGUGAGCGGAGAAACCUGCAGAAACCCGUGUACGAAGAUGACGCCGUUCGUUUCAGAGGACAGCGAUACACGGUAGCAGACCUCGAGGAUAAAAACAUAUCCAAGCGUUACCUCGGCCCAAUGAAGGAGAGACUUUCUCUUCACAUCUUGAGGAAAAUGGGACUGGUACCCGAGCACUUAGAGACCAGACCUCUUUACAGCCCACUUCAGCCUGACAUAGAGCAGGGGCGUCUAACGAUGUGGGUGGACCUCUUCCCUAAGUCUCUGGGACCACCUGGACCUCCAUUUAACGUCACACCACGCAAGGCCAAGAAGUUCUUCUUGCGUUGCAUCAUCUGGAACACCAGUGAUGUCAUCCUAGAUGACGUCAGCAUCAGCGGGGAGAAGAUGAGCGACAUCUAUGUGAAAGGCUGGCUUGAUGGACACGAGCACCACAAGCAGAAGACGGACGUCCACUACCGCUCUCUGGGUGGCGAGGGGAACUUUAACUACAGAUUCCUGUUUCCUUUCCACUAUUUACCCGCAGAGCAGCUGUGUGUUGUUGACAAAAAGGAACACUUCUGGAGUUUGGAUAAAUCCGAGACCAAACUGGUGCCCAAACUGACCAUUCAGAUCUGGGACAACGACAAGUUCUCCUUUGACGACUACCUCGGCCACCUGGUGAUGGACCUAAACCACAUGCUGCGUCCUGCCAAGUCCCCAGAGAAAUGCACCCUGCAGCUUUUGGACCAGCCAGCAGACAAACUGGUGUCUCUGUUUGAGCAGAAGACGGUCAAAGGGUGGUGGCCCUGCGCCUGCGACCAAAACGGAGAGAAGAUCGUCGCUGGGAAGGUGGAGAUGUCCCUAGAGAUCGUGACGGAGCAAGAGCAAGAGGAGAGACCAGCUGGACUUGGCAGAGAUGAGCCCAACAUGAACCCUCACCUGGAGGAACCCCAGCGUCCAGAGACAUCCUUCCUGUGGUUCUCCUCCCCCUUUAAGACCCUCAAAUUCAUCGUCUGGAGGCGAUUUAAGUGGCUUAUCAUCCUCUUCAUCAUCCUCUUCUUCAUCCUUCUCUUCCUCGGGGUCUUCCUCUACUCCUUCCCUAAUUACGCUGCCAUGAAGAUGGUUGGACCGUUUGGACAGGCCAAGUCCAAAGACUGAUGACAAAGAUGAAGGAGACAAUUAGUCCCAUUUGAUUUCAGAAAGUGACAUGAACUUAAUUUUUUUCUCUUCUUGGGCCUUCUUUGUCAUCGUGCUGCAGCUGUUUGUGCCUUCUACUCUAGAGUCACCAACUCUGAACCGCCGCUGAGAAAACAGAUCACAUGUGCCGUCUUCUGUCCUUUGUUCAGAGAGGUCAAAAACACGUCGCUGAGCUUCAGAAUGAUAAAAAACAUUUACAGAUUGUCAAUUCUGAUCGUUUUACCGCCAGAUUAAAAAUCUCAAACUUUAUAUCUGCAAAAGUUCAAACUGAUGAAAACGGGGAGGUGGUUCUUCAGUUAUCCUUCUGAAGUGAACAUUUAUCAUUAGCGUUCUGCAAAGUGAAACAUUUUAUGGUUCUUUAGAUCUGCUGACAUGAUGCCUUCAGGUAUGAUGGGAAUUCUCAGUAAUUACCUGUUAAACACUUUACCCCUGCCUCCUUCUAAUGUUAUUCUUUGUUUUUAAGUAAAAAAAAUCAUCACCAUCACUCUUCUACACUAAAAAACACACUGUUAGUAUUACAUUAAUAAUGUUGGCUUGGUUAUUUUACCACUUUGGGGCAAAUCCACCCAGCCAUAUAUGAAAAUUAAAAGGAGAAGUAUAUAUUUUUCAGUAAUUCAACUUAAAAAGUAAAGCUAAUCUAUGAGACAGACUUGUUCCAUGCAAAGCCAGAUAUUACUAGCCUUUAUUUGUUAUAAUUGUGAUGAUUAUGACUUACAACUUAUGAAAACCCCACAUUCAAAAUCUCAGAGUCAGAAUAUUGUGUAAAGGUUCAAUUUUCUAGACUGACAGUGUCACACUCUGGCCAGCUAAUGAAUCCAAAACCCUGCAAAGGGUUUCUGAGCCUUUAGAUGGUCUUUCAGUCUAAGUUGAAUCACUUACAUAAAUAAACAUUGGCACCACUUUCUAGUUCUACCCGCACUUCGGGAGUUAAACAAUGCUGAAAUGAAAUCAACUUACAUUUAACAGCUAAAUAAUUUUUCGGUCAGAUUAAUUCAGAUCUUAUUGUGAAGCUAAUUCAGUAUAAUGUGUUUAACAUGAAUCCUGAAUUUAAAUUUAAGUUUUUGUUGCAGGUGUGGACAAAUGCAAUCUGUGAUGAAAUAUGUGUAGAUUUUGGUUUUAGUGGAAUUUGAACAAGUUUAAUUACAAACAGUAUAGUUAUUUUACAAAAAUCAUUCAAAUCUACUUUAAUGAGUGUUUUGAAGGCACCAGAUAUUUUAAAGAAAAUAUAUUUGUUUUGAUCUCAAUUGUGAUAUGUGUGCGUUUAUUUAGGGAGUUUUGAUUUGCUUGAGGUUUGUGUUUAUUUUUAACUGCUUGUAUAUCAGAAAAGGGCCUUAAAAAGCUGCUUUUACACAAACCGCUGAAUUCAGACAAUCUUGUUACCACUGUGAGUUCUAAAAAGCAUUUGCUGUUAAAAUCAGUUCUGCUUUUGCCUGAUUUUAUUCCUGUCAGUGAAUGCAACGUGCCUUCAGAAUGAAGCUUUGCUGACCAACGCACCAGAACAUUAACAUUUGCCUUAAUGUGAAAAAACUGUAAAAAAAAAUUAAAACAAAUAAAACAUCAUGCAGGAGAAUAGAGCCAUUUUAGCUUUCUGAGGGCCCUAUGCAUCAUGCUGUUCCGGGGCCCCUAUCUUGCCAAACUACAUUUUAACCACCAUACUUUAGAUUUUACAUAAACACACCACAUAUUCAACAGAAUCCGUCUUUUUGAGUUAUAUUAUUGUUUGAAAUUGUGUCUGUCAGUAUUAAUAUAGUAAACAAAUCUUUAUAAUGUGCAGUAAUAUUUGUAAGCAUGACAGGAAAUGGCAUCAUACAAUCAAAACAAUAAAAUGUGAAAAACUAAAGGUAAGAACUGUUUUCAAGUGUAUGUAUUAGUUUUCCCUGACAAUAUUGUACUAAGGUGGGCUGCUUGAUCAUUUUUCUAGACCGCCUGAAUGUUUUUUUCCUCAUUAAAAAACCCGCUAGAACACCAAACGCUGAUCACGUCGGCCACAGCAGCGCCACAAGAACAUUAUCCCGAACAGAGUCGCUACUCGGGUCAGCUCCAGCCAUCCCUACCUCCCCCCUCCUUCAUUGCGCUACCUACCACUGUAACACCAAGCAAAUAGUUUUUAGAUGAUCGUAUCUAACGUUUUUUUUUACUAGCCAUGGACCAUUUCUCUUUUAAAACAUAAACCUUUAUCGGCAUAAACCUCCUGUUAGCGGUAGCUUGUUCAAACAGUGGCCAUAUCGGACUCUGAUUGGUUUUUUCUCGUGUAGUCCUGCCUGUUUCAUUUUCUGAUAGUUGUCCCUUCCUAUCUUUUUUCUGAUUGGAUUUUUAUUUCUGUCAAUUUCUGUUAUCUCUUAUUCGUCAACGAAAAUGUUGGUCAGUUGUUGUCACAAAUUUGUCUUUAGUGGCGAGUAUUUUUUAGUUUUUGAUUUGUUAAAGUCUGCAAAAAUUCAUAUAUCGCAAAAAAGAAAGUAUUCAGUCAACAAAAUUAACACUAGACAAGUUAUUUUUAUUCUCAAAUGAGGGUUUAGGUUGCAGGAAUUUAGGGGCCCCCCUAGUGGCCAUGUGGGGCCCUUUGCCUUUGCAUAGUCGGCGAAUAGAAAAGUAAAGAAACGGCUCUGCAUAAGAAGACUUCUGAGUUAUUUCAGGCUUUCAGAUGAGACAGUGAACAACCGUAUACAGCCAAAGCCCUUAAACUGAUCUGCAGAAACUUGGUGAAAGUUGGUGGGAAAAUUGUAGAUUUUGCUUAAAAUUGAAUCGGGGGUCAGAUCCCUUUGAUGUUGAUGGAAAACACUACAUUUUCUUCGGCGCAACCAUUUGAAUGUAUUUAAAACCUGGUGUCUGUCUGACCUCAUGUCUGUGAGGUUUCACCUGUGUGCACUGAAGCAUGUCAUUAUCAAUAAAACUGCAUUUCCGA